AUGACGAGCUUAAGUUCGAUUAAGGUACCAGUGUUUGAAAGUAAAAAAUUUGAAAAUUGGAGGUUGCAGAUGGAGAAUAUUUUCACAUACCAAGAGGUAUGGGAUAUUGUGAAAGAUGAUUAUGCUGAACCAGCAAAGGGAGUAGUACUUGAAGGAGCUGCGCUAACUCAAUUAACUGAAAACAGAAAGAAGAAUUCCAAAACUACAUAUAUUGUUCAUCAGGGUAUUCAUGAAUCUCUCAUGGACAAAGUUAUCUAUAUUAAGCAAAUGGAAAGUACUGAAACAAUAUCGGAUUUUUUCUCAAAGACUUUGAAUCUUGUCAAUGAGAUGAAGGCUAAUGGUGAUACUGUAGAAGAUUCAGCUGUUGUGGAGAAGAUAUUAAGAAGCUUGCCUGAGAAGUUUGAAUCGAAAGUUACUGCUAUAGAGGAAUGCAACACAGUUGCAACUAUGACUCUUAAUGUGUUGUUGGGUUCAUUACAAGCAUAUGAACAAAGACUGCUAGAAAAAACAGCUGCUGCAAAACAAGUUGAAGGGGCACUUCAGAGUCAAGCUAAUAUUGCUGAAAGUCAAGAAGAAGAAACAGAAGAGAAGAAGGAUGAAAACAUGCUACUAGCAUGUCAUACACCAGAAGAACAACCUCAACUCAAGUGGUACUUGGAUACACGUUGCGACAAUCAUAUGUUUGGCAGAAAAGAUUUGUUUGAAAGCUUGGAUGAGUCUGUAAGAUCCACAGUGAAGUUUGGGAAUAGUUCAACAAUUCCAGUUAUGGGAAAAGGAAGAAUAAGAAUUGUUCUCAAGAAUGGUUCUAAAGCAUACAUCAUGGGUGUAUUUUAUGUUCCAGGUUUACAUCAAAACUUGCUAAGUAUGGGUUAA